AUGUUCGAGUCCAACCAAGGCACCCGGAUCUCCAACUCCAACUCCAACCCCAACGACCCAGACACGGACACGGACGGGGAUGAUCUGCAUCUCCGCGCAGACGAGGCUUCCCGCCCCAGCGACAACCACACUGCCGAGUUCGCACACGCAGACGAGGCCAAUCCGACCCUCACGCGCGCAUUCCGGCCUGCCGAGUUCCAGGAUUUCGAUACCCGGCUGCCACAUACAUAUGACUCGUGGCCUCCCCGUGGGCAGCAUGGGCAUUGGCAGGCGGCCGGGGGCACAGCCGCGGGCGACUCGGCCGACCACCCCCGGCCCCAGGGUGUCCCAGGGCCAUACGGCCAUACGAAACCCGCGUGGGAACGGGGAUUCUCAGAUGGAUUUGACUAUACUUGA